AUGGGCUCCGUCGAUACCGUCGGACCUCUUUUCCAGCCCCUCCGCCUGGGGGCUUUGUCUCUAAGCCAUCGUGUUAUUCAGGCUCCAUGCACUCGUAUGCGCUCGACGAAGGAGUCGGAUGGUGUUUUCGUUCCCAAUGACCUCAACGUCGAAUACUAUGCGCAGCGCGCUUCACCCGGAGGCUUGAUGCUUACCGAGGCGACCCCAAUUAGCCGAUUGGCCGCGGGAUAUCCGGGUGUGCCUGGCAUCUUCACUCCCUCCCAGAUUGCCGGCUGGAAGAAAGUCACCGAUGCGGUGCACGCCAAGGGCGCAUAUAUAUUUUGUCAACUGUGGCAUGUUGGUCGAGCAACUGUUCCCUCAUUCAUUGAGGGAAAACAAGUCCUCGGCGCAAGUGAAAUUCCCAUCAGUGGGAACGCACUUGAUGGCUCCGAGUAUGCCGCUGCCCCCCCGCGGCCUAUGACGGUGGAGGAGAUCCAAGAGACAGUAAAGGAGUACGCAGCCGCUUCGAAAAGAGCGAUCGAGGCAGGGUUCGAUGGGGUCGAAGUGCAUGGUGCGAACGGCUAUCUUCUCGAUCAAUUCCUCCACGACAACGUGAAUAAUCGAACGGAUGAAUAUGGCGGCUCGGUCGAGAAGCGUUCUCGUAUCAUUCUUGAGGUUCUCGACGCAGCCUCCGCGGCCAUUGGGUCAGACCGCGUGGGCAUUCGCCUCUCACCAUACAACUACUUCCAAGACACCCGCGACUCCAACCCUAAUGCUCACUGGCUCUCCUUGUGCUCGCAGAUUGCCAACCUUCCCGCGGCAUCCCGACCGGCCUACGUGCAUAUGGUUGAGCCCCGCUUUGACGAGGUGUUGGAUGAAGAUGCGAAAAUUGAUUCUCUGGCCUUGGAAAAGCCAUCGCUAGACGUGUUCCGACCAACCCUCAAGAAGGGUGGCAUUGCAUUCCUGGCGGCUGGAAAUUUCAACGCCGAUAACGCGGGCCCGAAACUGAUUGGUGAUGGAGCAGAUGCGGUGGUUUUUGGACGGUGGUUCAUUUCUAAUCCUGACCUGCCCCGACGAUUGAAGGAGGGCUUGCCGUUGACCCCGUAUGACCGGUCGACCUUCUAUGGAGCAGUACCUCCUGAGAAGGGCUACACAGAUUACCCCUUCUACAGUAAAUAG